AGUCAUUUGAAUCGAUUCACGUGUUUCAGCAGGGCUGGAGAGGAAGUGAACCAUAGCAGCUACAUGAUCUAUAUCUGAGGAAUCGGGGACAGAGCUCAGUAUUUCUCCGACUCUUUGGGCACUGAGAGGUUAAACUGGGCUUGAGUGAAGAGAAGCAUCCCUCGGCUGUUUAGCCGCUACCUGGGAGAAGAGGAUGGAGAGAUGGAGGCAGUAUACGAGCUGUAGUGUGUGCUGAUCACACGAGCUUUUCCUAUCGUUCUCGAGCCAUAAUCACAGCCAUGGAGGGGAAAGAGGAGUUUUUGUGCGGGGUUGUUGAAGGUUUCUAUGGGCGGCCCUGGUCCAUGGAGCAGAGAAAAGUGCUGUUUCAGUGGAUGCAAAGAUGGGGUUUGAACACAUAUCUGUACGGGCCUAAAGAUGAUCUGAAGCAUCGUUUGCUGUGGAGAGAGGUGUACUCCACAGAGGAGGAAGCCCAGCUGAAAGCACUGGUGCAUGAAGCUGAGUCGAGAGGAUUGAGGUUUGUGUACGCUCUCUCUCCUGGUCAGGACAUCGUCUUCUCCAGCUCCUCUGACCUCACACUGCUCAAACGCAAACUUCGACAGGUGUCAGAACUCGGCUGCCAGGCAUUUGCCAUUCUGUUUGACGACAUCGAUCACUCCAUGUGCCAGGCCGAUACUGAGGCUUUCUCCUCAUUCGCUCAUGCUCAGGUGUCUGUUACCAAUGAGAUCUUCCGUUUCUUGGGGGAGCCACCUGUCUUCCUGUUCUGCCCCACUGAGUACUGUGGCUCACUCUGCUCUCCCAGUGUGUCCAAGUCUCCAUACCUGCUGACAGUAGGAGAAGAUCUUCUGCCCGGCAUCUCAGUCAUCUGGACCGGAAGCAAGGUGAUCUCUCGAGAGCUGUGUGCUGAUUCGCUGAAGGAGGUGCAGUCAGUGUUACAGCGACCUCCCCUGGUGUGGGACAAUCUGCACGCUAAUGAUUACGAUUCACGUCGUGUCUUCCUGGGGCCGUUUAAGGGUCGUCCACCUGGCCUCCAAGCUCAUCUCAGGGGUCUGCUGCUGAACCCUAACUGUGAAUUUGAAGCAAACUACAUCCCUCUGCACACACUUGGGACAUGGCUCAAAGCAGGGAAGGAGAAGAGAGAAGGUAAAGGGCAUCAGUACUGUCCGGAGCGAGCGCUUUCUGCUGCACUGAAAGACUGGAUGACUGAGCUGAACCAAGCUCUACAGCCUGGACGGCAGAACAGGCCUACAGAGCACAAACCGUCUGCUCUCCCCUCCAAACCUAAACCUCCUGAAAGCUUAGACAAUCUGCAUGGAGCCCAGUCUAAAUCUCAAUCUGCUGCUGGGGCUCUGGUUCCUUCUUCCACUUCAGUGCUGAAGGUCUCGGCUGAGACUGAGAGCGAGGAGCGGGUUCCUGGAGGUCAAGGCUGGGAGAAAGCCUCAGGAAAGGGCCUGUGUGCUGCGAAAUCUCCACUCAGUGAGGCUCAAGUGCGACUGCUGGUGGGACUGUACUACCUGCCACAUGAGCAUGGCCCGCCUGCCCAGAGCCUGCUUCAGGCACUUACCUGGCUCAAAAGCCACUGCCAUUAUGUCAGUGUCAACGGGAGCAGCAAGAAGAUGCAACCGCAGAAGAUUGAGGAGUGGCGGGUGCGGGCAGGCCGUUUUCUGGUUGCAUGUGAUGAGAUUGCGGUUCUGCAUGGCAGUGUGGUGAACAGCGUGAACAGAGCUGUGCUCUAUGACCUUUACCCAUAUGUCUGGGACCUGAGAAACAUGCUGCUUGUAGCCAAGGCCUUCAUCAGCUGGCUGGAGGGUCGGGUGAUAAGUGAAAGUUCUUCACUGGGUUCCUGGAAGAAUUGUUUUCAUUGGUGUGGAGCCUCAUCAGGGGCGGAGCUUCUAGGUGUGGAGGCGGAGCCCUGGGUAUUUAAAGGAGGAUUAUCUGGGGAAGUGCAGAUGCUUCUUCCUGUAGGCACCAGCAGUGAGCUGUUCAGCCACCCCCCUCCUCUUUUCCCCACCUCUCGUCUUUACAACAUACGGCCCUUCCAGCACAAAGACAAGGUGGAGCUGUACCACAUGGUCCGUCAGCUUUAUCAGAAAACCAGAGGUGCUCAGGAUGUGACUGUGCUUCAUCCAGACUUCAUCGGUGACAGGUUUUUGGGUGCAUCUCUGGCCUUGUGCCCAGAGUACAGCUUUGUUCUGGAGGAUGAGCUGGGUGUGUGUGGGUGUGUUGCUGGCAUUCUGGAUGUACGCUCAUUUGUCAAGAGAUGCCAGGCCACCUGGCUGCCGGCUAUGAGAGACAAAUACCCCACACGUACACACGUCACCAACGGACACACUGCCCAGAAGGAGGCGCUGCUGAGUUUGCAUGAAGAGCAGUAUUACCCAGAUUCCCUGCUGUACCACUUCCCAUCUCAGCUCCGGCUUGAGGCACUGCCUGAACUGGUGGACUGCAGUGUCAGCAGAAGUCUUCUCACGUCCCUGCUCACAGCACUCAAAGCUAACGGUUCCCAGGGUGUCUUUUGCGAGGUGCAGCCCACAGAACGCCUAAGGCUGGAGUUCCUUACUAAGCUGGGCUUUCUGGAGAUUGUAAGGGGAGAGGCUCGCUCCACAGAGGGACUGAUCCUGGGCAGACUGCUCUAGAGCCUUAACUAGCUCACAAACAAUCACUGAUGCUAUAAUUGGACUUUUUUGGGCAAAAAUACAUGUUAAACAGCCCUGCAGUUUAAGUAGCGGUAUCACAUUCAAGGACAUAUCCUGCAUUCCAAUACAUCUUCAACAUGUCCUCAUCCACUUCUCUUUUGAUGUUUCAUUUGGAUUUAAUACACCAAUCAUGGGCCAUUAUAAUACUUUAUUAGCUCAAGAGAAGUUUGUUAAAUGUCCCUUUGUGGAGAGCACAAAUUGCCCAGAAUGCAUUGUAGUCUAACCCAGAGCAAUAAAAUACUAAGUAUAUCCAAAAUAUAAUAUUUACUCUGUUGAAAUUGGCUUUUUAAUGUAGCCGCUACUUCGUCUAUAGAUGACAGCUGAUGGAAAUUUAUUUCUGUACUCCUCUAUCUGUCUAGUAAAUCUGCUCUCCACUACACUCUCAAUCCCUCCUUCUGCAAGUAGCCACUUGUGUCAUGUAGAUAAUACAUACUUCCCUGUAACAGGGGAAAGUGGACGAGGGCCUCUUGAAAGCUGUAUUGGAAUACAGGGCUAUUUGAGGGCUCAAUAAGCACUUUGCCCAAGACAUGCUGUUGACUAACAGUCAACUGGCCACUGUGGCCUGGUUAGCAUGAUGCUAACUGUUCUAUACUAGCCUUUACAUGAAUAGCACCAUUAAUGUUAUGACUGGUGCAUUCCUUAAAAGCGAUGAAUGAAAUUUAUUCGCAAAAAUGAUUCGUACCAUUUACCAUCUUUACCAGAGCUGUUUGUUUAAAGCCUCACCACAGCACUUAGCAGGAGAGUUACUUCAAAGAUGGUUUAGUUCUAAUAUAGCUGUUGCAAAUAUAAGGUCCCUCAUUGGACCUUUCUAUUUAGACUUGAAGAGCCUACAGUAAGAAAGGUGUGCAGUGGCCAUGUUUUGGUUUCUACUAAUGAGUAACACUGAAAAUGACCUGUGUCCUGUGGUGUAGUCCAGCCCAAGGUAGUCAUUUUACAAUGACUAGUGUCACUCAUGCUAAAAUUAGUAGCAUUUCAACCUUCUGUAACUGUAUCUCCAUUCACAUGAGAUUUCCUUCAGAAUCUGUAGAAAACAAAGAAUUAACCAAUCAGAAUUCUUUAAAAAGUAUCAAAUGAAAAUGAGCAAUCAUUUUGUGUUCCAUAUGUUCAAACAGAUGGACAGGCCAGUGAAGUCCACAACACAUUAAACAUGUAAGGAAUAAUUCACUCCAGUCUGUUGAAUUAUUAGAAAAUAAUGCACACCCUGAGGUGGUAAUGCGGUCACGACAUGAAGCGGAGUGACCAUUACACCUCGGGUGUGCAUUAUUUUCUAAUAACUCAAUGGUCAAUUAUUCCGCUUAUACCACAGUUACCACACCUCAAGCCAUUGUUCAGAUGUUGAUUUCAAGACAUUUGUCAGGUUUUGGUACUUAAAAUGCUCUUGUGUAUGGAACUAAUUUAUUACGCAUCCCAUCUCAAGCCUCCGUUGCUAAUUCCAAACCAUUAUUGUAGUGAUAGUAACGGAGGCUUGAGCCACUGAUAUGCAGUUAUUGGAGAGAGAUUUCAUAGUUGGUGUUUUUUGCUGAUAAUAUAAAAAAAGAACAGAUAAAUAAAUAUCGAGAAGCCUAACUGUUCACAGGUUUGUUUUUUUUUUUUUAUUACAGCAGAAAAUACAACGAAUAAAUAAAUAAAUAUUGAUACUUGUUCACCGGCUUAUCACGCGUGCUCUCUCACACUCUCUUUCUUUUUUCUUCCUUUUUUCUCUCUCUAAUAACUGUAUAUCAAUGACUCAAGCCUCCGCUUCGCUUCAUGGCCCGUUGACAAUUAUUCCUUAUGUAUUUCUGGAAAAAUCUUAGUUUUCAGUCAUUUUGUUUGUUGUUAAAUCUAUAUGCAGUGGUGAAGAGUAGAAUAACUUUCCCAUUAUUUCAGUUAACUUCGCAAAGUGAUAUAGAACUUUAAUGAGGUCAAGACCUGACUGGAACUACUCUUGCUGUGCAUUUACUAAAAAACAAUUGCACACCUCAGAACGUCUGUCAGCCAAUCAGAAUCGAGAAUUCAACAGCACUGUGGUAUAAGUUUCUAUAGAAAUGAUUGUCUUGUGCUUAGCAAUUACGGUGGUAACUUGUUGGUGCCAAUAAGAACAUUUAUUCCAUUGAGAAGUUAGCAUUUUCUGUCACUCUGCAGUCACACAAGAAUAUCACCAGCAAAAUUACAAUGGUGUUUAAUAGAAGAAAAUAUCUUCAACAAUCGUAAACAUAGGUGAUGCCGGUCGAGUUAUGCGGAUGUAAACUUCUAGAAAAUAAAUAAAUAAAUAAAUAAAUAAAUAAAGCUAAAGAGCAAGAGUUUCUCAGUCACCAUUAUCCAGUAACGUUCAAUGUCAAAUGAGAAAUCCAGAAUACUGCUAUUUGAACCAGUUAUAAUAAAAUACUGCAGAGUCUCGGCUUGCCUAGGUAGAGAUCUACAACACGAUGAGCAGUAUUAGUUAAAGCUUUUGAAGAUGAGCUGUUGGAGCAGAAUGUAGAGAUGAGUAGGUGAGAGAGCUGAACAGACUAAAGGAGUAAAGCAUUGAUGAAGCACUGGCUAAAUCCUACUUGUGCCACUAUCAGCAAGUAGUCAAACGGCAUUGUGGGAAAUGUAGGAAAAUGUUAAUGUUGGUGAAAUUAGACCCAGAUAGUUAAAAAAAACAACUUUAGUUAUAUAUCAUGAAUGCCACUGAAGAUGUCAAUUAUAAAGAUAAAUAAGUAAUUCAUGGUGAAUUCUUCCUUUAAUGCAGGAAAAUAUAAGUUGUUCUACUAUCUACUAUCGUGAAGUGAACAUACAUGAGCACACUGGAAAAAGCAUGUGUUUACACUGCAUAUGGCCUUGACUACACCACAGACUGUGUAUACUCCCUCGUUCCCCGAUGGGAGGAUUGAUUCUAUUUCUGUGCCUCUGCUCAUUCUGCAAACGUGACCUGGAAACUCAGGCUACAGUUUUUUUUAUAUGCUAGAUCUGUUACUGUUUAGUAGGAACAAUAUCUUAGACCUUCACUAGUCCUUUUUUUCUGGAUAAAAUUGGAAAAUGUUGGUCUGCACUGAUCUCAUGUACUGUCUAACCUGGUCUGCACACCUACUUAAAGAUUGUUAAUGAAUAACUGCCAUCGAUCACUAUAUCAUAGCCGAUCCAGCUCGAUUAAAUCCAGCUCAUUUCUUUCUGUUGGUUUCUUCACAAAACCGGCACUCUUCACACGUCUUACAGCUUUCGUGGUAAUGCUCUAUUAUGAGUGACUGCAAGCUUGUGUAAUUGCGUUAGGAGCGUAAAGCACAGUGACUAGGCUACUGUAGAUGGCGUUUGAAGGAUAGCACUAUUCUCACUGUCAUUCACUGUAGACACAUACAAAACACACAAACAUAUUUGCUUAGCACUUAAAUCUUAUUCUGAAAACAGGUAGAUGCUCUGCUUCUUUCACACACACACACACACACACACACACACACACACACACACACACACACACACACACACACACACACAGGGCUUGCACAAUAUGAAUAGUCUCGGCCUCCUUUCUUACACGAAUUAGCAUGACAAAUUGUUAAAUGACAUUAUAGGCUUUUUAGACUUUCUCUUUUCUGCGCAGGAUUCAUUACUACCCACACACACAUACACAUACACUCUCACACAGAAAGGCACACAUCAGUGUAUAAAUAUCUCUGUGAAGGAGUUCUUUUAUCACUUUCAACCUCCUUAACUGCAUGCAGGGAUACACACCCGCUCAUACACUAGAUUACAUUACUUUACAACUCUUUAUAGGUUCUAGGUUGGCAAAAAAUAAAAAGCCAUGGCAGAUAGAUUUUUUUAUCUGACAGUAGGUAUUGUUUUGUUGGAUAUUUGCCAUUAUCAUUACAACUCAUUUAAAGACCAUUAUUAUUUGCAUGUUUGUAUUUUUUAAAAUUGUGCUUCUGCUAACUUUUGCACUACUCUGGCUGGUUGAAAUAUAGGUUUGUUUAAUGAAAGGCCCACAGAUUGGGCUACUAAUGAUAUUUAAUGUAGAAUAUAUUUUAUGUUCGAUGUUUUUAAACACUAUGUUCAAUUUUAUUUUAUUUUUUUGUACUGGAAUGACGUCUGUUUACAGCACCAUUAAAAGCUUUUUGUUUUGACUCAAACUCAGCUGUCAUGGUUUCAGCUUUCCUGUGG